ACAAACCGCAAACGACGGCGCGUCCGAAAAACGUAACGUGCCUCAAAAAACGAAAAAUACAAAGAUUUACUACUGGAGAUUUUGUGUGCAAAUUAGUGUCAAAAUGAACACAUUCUGCAGCAUCGCUUUACUCGCGCUGGUCGCUUGCAUCAACGCUGAUGUCUCUCAAUUGUCGCACACCUAUUUGCCACCAUCGGUGUCAUCAGCAUCACGCACAGUUACCUUCAAUGCAGCUACAGGCUAUUCGAGUGGUGGGGGCAGCCAUCACAGUUCUCACCGUUAUUCAGCACCAUCUGCUUUGCAUAGUGCUCCCGCUGUGCAAGUGGUUGGUUCCUCUUCACGAACAAGUGGCUAUACUGUACCAGCAGCACCAUCUCGUCAAUAUCUUGCGCCAGCCACAGUGCAACACGCUGCCCCGGCGCCCGUAUAUCGUGCACCUGCAACCUCAUAUCAUACUUCAUCCGUGAGCUAUAGUGCACCAGCUGCUCCGGCAGUUUCUUACCAUGCUCCAGCUGCCACUUAUAGUGCUCCCGUAGUUCAACAACGUGCUCCCGCUACCCAGUACCGUGCACCAGUGGUGUCGCAUAGUGUAUCGUCCGGUUAUUAUCGUGCCCCAGCUGCGAUCUAUAGAGCACCAGCUUCCGUGAGUCAGAGCGUAUCGUCGGGUUCUUAUAGAGCUCCUUACUCAUAUAGAGCUCCUGUUCAAACUCAUCAUGCUCCAGCGGUGCAGUAUCAUGCCCCUGCUGCGACUUAUAGUCGUCCAGUCGUUACCAGCUACCGUGCACCAGCUGCUACUUACAGUGCGCCCACCAUCUCUUACAGCGCUCCAGCCAUUUCUUCAUCUAGUAUUUCAACUGGGUCUUAUCGUGCGCCAGCAGCCACUUAUAGUUCACCUGCGAUCUCUUACAGUGCACCAGCCACCUCCGUAUUGACUUCAUCCUCCAGUCUCGGUACACAGUAUGCGGCAAAUGGUGGUUAUAUUUAUUAAAUUAACUUUCUGAAUUUCUUUCCUUUAUGCAAUUUUGUCUUCUUUCCCAUUUGUUCAA